AUGAGCGAGCGGACUUUUAUCAAUUACCCGCCUCCCCGCGAGGGUCCAUCUGUCCCAUAUAAACAUGAAGACCAAGUCAUUCCAGUCUUCCGCGGAACACCGUUAGCGAUCGGCGCGACAUUGAUCCAUAACGUCAAUUUCGUCCAGAGUUACUUCUGGCGCAAUGCCGGAUUCGGAGUCAUUCGCGAAAUCCCUCACCUGAGCCAAUACGCCGGCCGGUACGAUCCAACCGUGAUCCCCGUUGAAAACACCAACAAGGCCGAGUCAGCAGCGAAGACAUCAUCUGCUACACUUUCGCGCAGGAAAGGCAACCAUGGAUACUAUACUUCUGCAGACUACCAUGCGCUCUAUAAAUCAGGAGAAUUGACACCGACGACUGUCAUUGAGACAUUGCUGCCGUUAAUUCGGCGCGACGUGCAGCCUCCCGGAAAGCACUCGACUGCCUUCCUCGAAUCUCAAACCGAAGCAAUUUACGCAGCAGCGCAAGCGUCUACGGAGCGAUACAAGGAGGGCAAGUCGCUAGGACCUUUGGAUGGUGUCCCGGUCGCGGUGAAGGAUGAGGUACACGUUACGGGUUACAAACGGACACUAGGAUCGAAGCUGGACUUCAAGCAUGGCUCCGACGGAACUUCCUGGUGCGUGAAGCAAUGGCUUGAUGCCGGUGCUAUCAUCAUUGGAAAAACCAGCAUGCACGAGCUGGGGCUAGACACCAACAAUAACAACCCCAAUUACGGCACGCCUCGAAACCCCCAUAACAAAGAAUAUUACUGCGGUGGCUCCUCCGGUGGCUCUGGAUAUGCUGUCGGAGCCGGCCUCGUGCCAUUUGCGCUUGGCGCAGAUGGCGGAGGCUCGAUUCGGAUUCCUUCGUCGUUCUGCGGUAUUUGGGGGCUGAAGCCUUCGCAUGGCCGCGUGUCCGGCGCUCCAUCUCAGAGCCUGGCGCCCACUGUUGGUGUCCUUGGACCCAUGGCCACGAGCAUUGAUGACCUUGCUCUGGCAUAUCGCACCAUGGCGACACCGGCACCGGCUUCGGAAGACCCUAUCUCUUCCCAAUUCCCAUAUCCUCAGCCCCCUCGCCCAGAUACCAAGAGAACUAAGACGAUCGGAAUUGUCCGCGACUGGAUCGAUCGAGCUGAGUCUCCGGUUCGUGCUGCGUUCGAUAGGGCUAUUGAUUACUACCGCAAGGAGGGUUACAAUGUCAUCGACAUCGAAAUUCCUUAUCUUACUGAGGGUCAGCGUGCGCACGUCCUGACUAUCAUGGCGGAAAUUGCAUCUGGCGUUGAUGCCGAUCAUAUCAAACAGCUCACGGCGCCGAACAAGGUACUUGUUUCCAUGGGCAUGUGGCAGAUCACCGCACAAGACUUGCUUGCUUCUCAGCGUCUGCGGAACCUUCUUAUGACCCAUCUAGCCCAUCUUUUCAAGGCCCACCCUGGGCUAUUGAUUCUGACACCCACCACCCCUAUCCCUGGGUGGCAUAUUGAUGGCGGGGAGGCGGAUCUGUCCCGUGGUUUGUCUGAUGGAAAGGCUUCCGUUCGGAACAUGGAGUAUGUGUGGCUGGCCAACUUUACUGGAUGUCCCGCCAUCACCUGCCCUGCGGGCUAUGCUGCUGAUAGUGGCGUUCCUAUUGGCGUAAUGGCUAUGGGUGAAUGGGGCGCAGAGGAGGAGCUGAUCUCUUUUGCUCGGGAUGGUGAGGCUAUCUUGGAUCUACCUGGUGCUCGUCCUCCUGUCGAGGGUGCGGAUGCCUCAACAGAGAAGGGUCUUCGUAUUCCUUCCAAUGAUCUCGCUGUUUGGGAAGAUGUCAUUUCUCAGGCAGCGGAGAAAGCUUCCAAGUAA